AUCAGCUCAAGUGGCUCAAGUUCUCUAGUGGAACGAGGUUGACCGUGCGCAGUGGCAGCCGUUGACAACAAAAACAAUGUAUGCACUCAGCUUCGCCGGAUGAGUGCCGGCGUCGAUCGCGAACCGCCAGAGCCGCCAAAUACCUCUCGUACAUCUCCAAGAACACCAAGAACAGGAGGUAUUCAUAAAGGUCUGAACCACGCGAGGAUCGUCUCGAAGCAUGGUAGCCUCAACAGACGCUUGCCGCCACACGCGAGGAGAAAGCAGGAGGCCCGAAGUUUGAAUGUGAAGUUUUCAGAGGAGGUGCGAAGAGCUGGCCCUCACUUUUUCAAGGCAGCCGCAGAACACUACGAGCCCCGAAUCACUGCCGCGGCUGACUCGCGCGGAUGCUGUGCUGCACCCUGCACUGCACAUGGUUCGAAGCACACUUCAGGGGACCAGUGCAUGCCCCUGAUGCAUCGUCGCGAAGCACUGUAUGGCUCUCUGCACGCUAGAAUGGGGGCUGUCGUUGAUGCUCGCAGAGGCGUCGCCCACAACUAAGCAGACGAUCAAAGUCCUGAGCAGGUGACUAAUCGUUUCAUUGUUCUUUGGUAGGGAAAGGUAGAUAAUGUGCUUCUACUCCCAGCUUUGUUUUUUUUUUUUUUUUUUAUCACCAUUUAGUAUGUUACCAUCAAAACAGCAUCCUGGUGUUCACAUAAAUAUGUGUUAACAAUACCUAUCGUCAAAUAUGUGACUCAAAGAGCCAACUGCGGCCGAGGAUAUCUUUUAAGUGUUCUUUUUCUCACAAAGAUCCCUGGCAUUGACUUUUUAGCCACGUACCUUGAGUCCACAAAAACAAUGUGCUUCAGCUAAAUGGUAUUCACACAAAAUACAUCCUGACAAGCUGCUUUCACUCUCGAGCCUCGAAGAAAUUUUGCAGUUUGAUUUGAACUAUGUUGCAGGUUAAGGAGGUAGGGUCAGGGAAAAGAAGGUGGGAGAGGAGGAAGCGGGCACAAUGCUGGUCAAACCCUCUCCCUUCGCCGGCGUUGCAUCCAUCUCGUCCUCUCCCACCUUCCUUUUUCUUCCCCUACCUUCUUGAGUCGUCACCGACCAUAUAAAAGGCAUGCAUUGAUAUCACUUGUUCGUUUUGUGGCCAUGGCGCCAGCAAGGUUUGAGAAACGUAUCCUGCUUCACAGGAAUUCAGCACUCAACAUGGAGAAACUAUUGGCAGUGCUGCUGUAAUGUCUUUGUCCUCGUCUUUUGCAGCCAUCUAAAAAAGAGAAAUAUAAUACUAGGAACACAGAGCAACGUCACGCGCCAGUACAUAGUGUACUACGAAGGGCAGGUAAAUUGACUGCGGAACACGAUUUUCUCAAUGUCCUCACGGUUCUUUCGGCCAAGUACAUACAGAUAAGACGAUUACCAUUAGAAAUGUUGAACGCCAAUCCGAAAUGUUUUUUGGCGGUGUGCCGAGCAAAAGGACAUUGCUGCAACAGAAAACAUGUGCCAUCCUCCGCCUUUGGUGCUUCUGUGUCUGCGCCGAGCUUCCGCAGCCACCAACAGUCAACGCUGCAUGGACUGCCCGCCAUGCUUUCAUGCGUUCCAUGUAUGAUUGGCACGGCAUGUGGAUGUGUCAUGCAAGUGACAUCAGCGCUGUUGGCAGUGCCAUGCUGGUGGUGGUUGAGCUUUGCUAGGCUCUGACCAUUGACAAGCUGUUUUAUGCAAUAAUCGCUCUUGGAAGUCCCCAAACUGUUUUUAGCAAUUCAAGUGUCAGAUUUUUUUUUAGCUAUGGUUAUACAGGUUUUCUUCUUUAACAUUUACAGAUUUCAAAGAAAAAGUGAAAGUUAUGACAGUUAUACGGCCAGGCGGACAUUAGAUUCAUGGAAGAAUGCAGCUAAAAGUCCGUGUAGAUCAUGUGUAUCAUGCUUCUCUGCAGCGCAGCUACAUACUUGCGUAGGACAACCCCCAUGAAGUGGGGUGGGGGGGCUGCAUGCGUGUGUUGGGUAGCCCCUCUUGGUUUUACAACUCUACCCUGUUGUAAAAUUUUAGAUUUUAAUGCGAACAAG